UCUAGAGAGAAGGUCGGUAGAACUGGUUCCGGGUCGUCCGCCUUCCCGAUCUAGCAUUCUGCCACUGCCCAACCCUUUACGGCGCUCCGUACGGAGUAGAAGUCUCUCUUUCCAACACUUUUAUUGUUUGAUUUCAGUUUGAAAUACAGACAUUUAGUACUCUGAUACCACCUCCCGACCAAGUCCUGAUGAAUGAAUUCAUAUCUUUUAAACAGGGCCCUCGGGUCUAUCGUUCCAUCGGCCUUCCAGCGCGCCCAAUCCACUCGUCUUAUUCAUCAGCUUGAGCCUGCCCCGGGCAUCCGGUUUUCCAGUGUCAAGACCGAUGAAGACGAUAUUUUAGCUCACUCAGCGGGAGUGAAUGUGUUGGCGAUUGAUCAGUACGAGCGUCGGUUCAUGGUAUCGGGGGGCGCAGACCCGUCUCUUCAUUUAUGGGAUCUAGAAACAAGAGGCUCAGAGCUUGACUACAUUCAUCAACCCGUGGCUUCCAGCACCAAGUUCUCACAUGAGGCCGCCCAUACCCAUGCGAUUACGUCGAUAUCUAUCUAUCCGUUUGAUCCCACGCCUUCUACGAUUAUUACGACCUCUCAUGACGGAACCCUGAAGCUUUCAGCGCUCCGAUCGGACUGCAUCCUACCCGUACAUACUUUUAAGCUUCAUUGCACGCCCUACACCCACUCGUUGUCUUGCCAUCCGAGCUCUCCAUUGCUCAUUGCGGUAGGAUCGUCCGAAAAGCCGGUCCGAUUACUGGACCUGCGCUCGGGAUUGUCGACCCACGGUCUUCCUGGGCACCAUUCCGCCGUGUUGUCGGUAUCCUGGGCUCCCCAUCGACCGCAUAUAUUAGCAUCUGCAUCCACUGAUAACCGAGUGAUUCUGUUUGACAUUCGUCGAGCCGGACACAAUUCUGCAAUUGCUACUCUUGAUAUGGACGAUGCUGUGGGUUUAAUACCCCCAGCUAACGCCUCAGCGUCUUACCAGACCCGACUAGCAUUUUCGCCUCAUGCCCGAGCGCACAAUGGCGCAGUGACGGGGGUUCGAUGGACUUCGGACGGUGCUCAUCUGGUAACAGCGGGACAGGACGCGCGAAUCCGCGUUUGGAAUGCUACGACCGGCGCUAAUACCCUCGUUCAUUUUGGCCCGAGAAUCCAGAAUAGCGCGUCCUCACAUCUCGCUGAAAGGGUGCCGUUGAUUGUACCUUGUGACCAGGUGGAAGCGGGCCACGAAACGCUUUUGUGGGCUAACUUCAACGAGUCCGACGACCGUGGGGAGAUUUUUAUGUUUGAGCUGCGAGAGGGGACCUUCCUUAAGCGUCUCAAGGUUCCGGGCUUAAUCAACCGACGCCAGCAGCCCCAGGGACGGUCGAAUGCUUUGAGUGCGGCACGAAUCAACGCAUUGGCUUGGCGCGGGAAUGGGGCUUCGGGCGAAGGGUUGGAAGUAUUUUCUGGUCACGGAGAUGGAACACUUCGGUCGUGGGUCGCCCGGGAGCCUGAGGAAGGACCAACUGAAGCAGAGGAGAUGGAACAGGCGGAUCACAAGCGGAAACGGGACGUUCUGGAGGAGAUAUACCACGGAUUUCUAUGAUAGUUCGAUGGGGUUGAAUCAUCAGGUGAAUUCAAGGUAGCCAUUGCAUGACUUUGCACCAUUUAUUAUUGAACCAUUCUUUGACUCUUGGACCUGUAUGAAUAUUGUAAGCUAGGAUCAUA